AUGCAACGAACGAAACCACAAGAGAAGGAUGUAGAACAAAAUCUACGUCGUAUUCAAAAACUACAAUUAGAAAAUUCAGGUAGUAUUUCAUUUACAAAAAUCAAUUCAAAUAAGUUACAUACAUUUUUAAAAAAAAAUCAUAAAAUGAAUUAUUUUUUACUUAGAUAUACAAUGGAAGAUUUAGCAAAUGAAAUUUUCUAUGAAAUAUUUGAAUAUCUUGAUCUAUAUGAUAUUUAUAAAGGAUUUUACAAUCUAAAUAUACGAUUUCGAAAUUUAACUAUUCAUGCAAAUGUUUUAACUAAAAUCAAUCCUUCAAUAAUGUCAAAUUCAAAUUUUGAAGAUUAUUAUCAAAAUAUUAUUAAGCCAAAUCAACAACAAAUUAAUUUUCUUCGUUUAACAAAUCCAUUUGCCAUUAAUAUUAUUUUUUCAUCAUCACGUACUAUUUUAAAUUUUUAUUCUCUUGAAACAUUAAUUCUUGAUAACUUACACAACAAAAAGUUUGAACAAUUCUUUGAUUAUUUUAUACGCUUACCUAAUCUUCAUUCAUUAAAUAUCUCUCUCAAUGAGUGUAUUAAAUCAUUAUAUAUUCUUUUUUGCCAAAUAUUUCGUUUACCAAAAUUAAAAUAUUGUAAAAUUGAAUAUUAUAUUGAAAAUGAGAAAAAGCCAUUAUAUGUUGAUUUAAAUUAUAAUUUUAGUUCUACUAUUGAACAAUUAAUAAUAAAUGGUCCUUUUCCAUUUAAUACAUUUAAUAAUUUAUUAUGCUGUCUUCCUAAACUUAAAUAUUUAUCAAUUAAUUCUAUUGUUGAAUCUCAUAGGAUUAGCGAAACAAAAGAAUUAUCUCCAAUUGAAUUAAAAUAUUUCAAGAAUAUUUUUCUUAAAUUUGAUUAUAUUCAUUUUGGCAAAUUUGAAAAAAUUGUUAAAGAUUUUUUUCAUCAUGUUCAAACUUUACGUCUUACAAUAAUUGGUGAUAAAAGAUCUUUAGAUGCUAAACAAUAUCAAGAACUAAUAACAUCAUAUAUGCCAUAUUUACGUAUUUUUGAUAUAAAUCAUGAAUAUUCUAUAGAAAAAAAUGAUUUAACAUAUCAUGAUAUAAUUAAUCAGUUUAAUUCUUCGUUUUGGAUUGAAAAUAAAUGGUUUUUUACACAUCAACACCGUCGAACAUCUGGAUCACAUACUGGAAUUUUUUAUUCUACCGUUCCAUAUCGGCGAAAACAUUAUACGUAUUAUUUGACAUUUAAUAAUGAAGUUUGUUCAAAUAUUCAAGAAAAUUUAAAUUCAGUUAAACAUCUUCAUAUUGUUAGCCAAGGAAUACAAAAUAAUGUUCUUAAUUAUUUUCCAAAUGUUAAUCAAUUAAGUAUUAAAGAUAAAUCUAAAAAUCGAAAUAAACCGAUUAUAGCAAUUCUUCAACGUAUUGUACCUUUAAAACAACUUACGACAUUAUUCAUUGAAUAUUAUGAUUUAUCAGUGGAAGAUCUUAUUAAAUUAUUAUAUUGUGCACCUAAUGUGCAUACAUUACAUUUAGUUGAAUUACCUUCCAAUUUUACUGAUCUAGAAUUGAUAAAAGAAAAUGAAAUUUCUAAAUAUGUAUCAAAUAUGAAUAAAAUAGAAAAUCUGAGUAUUCGUACUUGGAUCACAUUCUAUGAAAUUCCAUUUAUCCUUCAUUUCUUGCCAAAAUUAAAAUAUCUUGAAACACAAAUAGUCACAAAUGAAACACAAAAAAUAAUUCGAUUAUUGUUAUCAGAAACUCACAAUCGAUUAAGAAAUUUAUUGUAUUUAUAUCUUAUUAAAUUAUUAUAUUGUGCACCUAAUGUGCAUACAUUACAUUUAGUUGAAUUACCUUCCAAUUUUACUGAUCUAGAAUUGAUAAAAGAAAAUGAAAUUUCUAAAUAUGUAUCAAAUAUGAAUAAAAUAGAAAAUCUGAUUAUUCGUAGGUGGAUCACAUUCUAUGAUAUUCCAUUUAUCCUUCAUUUCUUGCCAAAAUUAAAAUAUCUUGAAACACAAAUAGUUACACAUGAAACACAAAAAAUAAUUCGAUUAUUGUUAUCAGAAACUCAUAAUCAAUUAAGAAAUUUAUUGUAUUUAUGUAUUCCAAAGAUAUCGAAAAGAUCCUUGAAAGAAAUAAAAAUUUUAAUUAAAUCAGAAAAACUAUUCCAUAAUUACUCAAUUAUAUGUGUUAAUGGAACUUUACAUUUAUGGUGGUAA